GUAUGCAAUUUAUUUCUUACAAAAUGUUGGCCAACGCACGUUUUUUCUCUCUCUCUCCAUAUAAUAGCCUAGCUGUUACUCAGCUAUAACUGUUAAAUGUUUAAAAAAAUUGAAUGAAUGCCUAGAUUUUGCUGAAAGGCAUUUAAUUGGUUGUUUGCUUCGUUAUUAUUUUUUUAAUCAAUUUUUUUUUUUAACAGGAAGGUAUGCCUCUGUGCUGAACGUGGCUUUUAAACAUAUUCACUAAAGAGUAAAGAGUGCACUUGUUUCUUAAAAUAAGUUUACAGAAUAAGCCAUCUUUAUUUUAGUUGCAGUCUGACUUAUUGUUGCAGUUGACUUGGUUUAAAAUAAGCCUAGUUUUUUUGGUAAGCUUGUUUUAUGGAACAUGCCACCAGUCUCCCUACAUGCACAACUGCUUUUUCUCUGUGUAUAAAAAUAAACCUAGUCUAAAAGUAGGCUACCUAUAUUCCCUUUUAUCCACCGAUGUGGCAUCAACAAAGUGCACAGACGCAUUAUGAUCACUGUAUUCAUCUUCUCAGCGUACUUUAGGAACAGAUAGCGAUAAGAGGUGUGUUUGUGGGAGGGCUGUUCACUGUUAUCAGAUUUUUGAGACGUACAAAGUAAUCUGCAUACAAAGGUUUGACGUGAACCGAACGCAUUACGGUAUGGUCACGAAGUAGCAUCGUGCAGAAUGCUAGUUCGGGGAUCUUCUUAUUAAUAUAGGAUGCAAAAAAGCUAUUUGGGUGUUUUAAAACUUUAAUGUAUGCGACAGGGCACGCCUGCCCCCCUGCUGAUGGCCUAAUGUUACGGCAAUACACCCUAACAACACCCACCCACCUGCAAACAGACACAACAAAGGCUACAUAAACAAAGGAGCGGACCCACACCCAACACAAAACCCGAAGACAUGCUUAAAAAGUUUUUAAACGGACUAACAUUAAAUUACAGUUUGCUAAAAUUUACACGAACAUGUUAAUAAUUAAAUACUUUACCGUUCUAAUUAAGGUUACAUUAAGAUUACUUUGAGAACCGGUUUUACCUGUACCUGCGCUGCGCCGUUAUAUUUCUGCGCAUGCGCAACCUCACCUGGCGGCUUCCUUGUUAUAAGGAAAGCGAUGGCUGGAUCGCGGAUAACUGUAGAGCUGUAGGUUGCGAGAGGAUCCGCUUAAAAAAACACAACUAGUAACUUAAACGAACACAAAUCAUUCGCUUGCGUUUUCGAAAAUGCCUCGCGCGUUCCUGGUCAAAAAAGUGAACAUCGCUGCCGAAAAAAGAAGCUGGAGUGAGAUUCCGGACUCCGCGCGAGGGGACGUUUACAUACCUGAGUCUUUUUUUCCACCAUACGUGCAUGAAGUCUCGGAGGGCAGCACUGCGGAGUGCUCCUUCACGACUGCACAAAAAAACGACAAAUUUGUUCAGGUUCGGUCACGUGUGUUGUCUGCACAACUGCCUUCUUCUGCCGCACAGGGUCAACUUAGCCAUAAGCCAGAAUGCCACGUGAAGACCCAAAGAGCGCCUUACUCACGCUCAAAGAUAAAGAUGACUACAGGUAACAUGCCAUCUCCAGUCAUUCUAGAUAAUGCAAACGAAUUAUCAGACGCCCCCCCCGCUGCGUCGGUGUUGUCCUGCCAGGUGUGCCAGAAGACAUUCACUACAGCACGCAUGCUGAAACGCCACGUGAAGUGCCACAGCGAAACAAAAAAGCACUCUUGUGAGCACUGCGGAAAAGGAUUUAAUGACGCUUUCGACUUGAAGAGGCACGUACGCACUCAUACGGGUGUGAGACCCUAUAAGUGCACUUUGUGCGUUAAAGCCUUCACUCAGCGCUGCUCUUUAGAAUCUCACCUGAGGAAGAUCCACGCCGUUACUCAACAGUAUGCCUACAAGGAGCGCAGGGACAAACUAUACGUGUGUGAGGAGUGUGGCUUGACUGCACAGACGCGGAACGGUCUGCAAAAUCAUCUCCAAGCUGAACAUCCGCAGAGACUCUUAAUGACAAAAAGCAAACAUAAACUUACAGGUUACCCAUCUGGAGGUAACGCUACACUGUGUUCUCCCACAUAAAGUGCCGAAGAACAAAAAUCGAGGGCCUAGUUAUUAAUGAUUAUGCAUUUUGUUUCACUCUACAUGCACUUUUGGAAGACAGAAGGCAUAAUAACUGCUUAUCUGCUUAUCCCUUAUAGAAUUAUUGUAAUUAGGAAAAUAAUUCGAAUGUAUUGCAUCGAAUGCCGAAUUAUGCCGAAGCGUAUGAAAGUACACACAAAAAUAAAAUUCUGGUACAUUUUUGUUUGGUUUUGAACAUAUGCUCUUGUGAAAGUGAGGACGGCAACAUUUUAGCUUGCUUUACUAUUAUUUAUGACUUGUAAUGUAUCACAUGCAACCUUAAUAGAGCUAACUUUUUGACCUGCGCGUGCUUUACACAAUUAUGUGUAAUUUCAUAAAAUUGUUAUUAUUUAUUUAACUACAAAUAGUAAUUUCUAUUGAAAAUGUAUUUGUAAUUACACAUUUGUAAUUGUAAGGUUUUAGUUUAGCAGGUAAAAAAUGUAAAUAAAGAAAUAAAUGUGAAGUCUAGGCUAUUAAUUUAAAUGAAGGCUACUGAAUAGUUAAUGUAAAAAUCAAAAUAAGUGCACUUUUAUACAGUACAGUAAAAAAAAAUUUAAACUUUACAGUAAAUCACUAUUAAAAAGUGUUCUUAAUUGUGGCAAGAAAUAGUCAUGGUCAUGCAUGCUCUUUAAGUAAAAUUGGUCUUAAUUAAUAGUCUGUUAAAUAAUUUUUUUUAUAGCGUAUAGGCUGCUUAAGA